GAGAAAUAAAAAUCCUUGAAAAUUUGAGGGGUGGUCCAAAUAUCAUCUCACAGUUAGAUAUAGUCAAGAAUCCUGUGGUUCGUUAACCUUUUGUUUAGACCCGUUUCUAAGUUCCACUUAUUUCAAAUGUUAAAAUUACAUUUCAGUCCCGAACCCCUGCCCUUGUCUUUGAACAGGUGAACACACAGCUUUAAGUCCGGCAGUGGUGAAGGCACCAGAGGCCGCACCUGCUAGAGCACUGCCGGGGCGCGCAGCGGGUACUCCUCGGUGUCGAGUGCUCCAAAGUCGAACUGCUGCACGAGGUUUUUCAGUUUUGAAAUGGGCAAAGUUGGCUUUAUUUCGCUUUUAAUUGCUGCCAUAGCAGUGUUUCUCGGAGAAAGAAUUGCCAAUCUAAGGAAAAGGUUCCAGGCCACCCAGGAACUUGAGACAAACCAUCUUCCCAACUGUGUUUUCCUUCCAAACUUGAAUCAUGGCUCUGAGGACAUCACGAUACUUAGGAACGGCCUUGCUUUUAUCAGCUCGGGUCUCAGGUACCCUGGCAUGCCCAUCUUGGACACUGUGGUGGGAAAAAUAUAUGUUUUGGAUUUUAACGAAACAAGAAUUAAACCAAUAGAGCUACGAAUGCCGAGGAACUUUGAUUUGGAGUCAUUUAACCCUCACGGCAUAAGUGUAUACACCGAUCCAAAUGAUGGCACAGUGUAUCUAUUUGUUGUCAGUCACCCAGAGCACAAAACGCAAAUAGAGCGGUUUAAAUUUGUGGAGGAGGACUACUCUCUUGUACACUUGAAAACAAUCAAACAUGAACUUCUGCAUAGUGUCAAUGAUAUUGUUGCUGUUGGAGUGGAAAGCUUCUAUGCCACCAUUGACCAGUAUUUUGUGAAUGAGUUUAUGAAAGGUAUCGUGGAGCUGAUUUUAUUACAGCCCUGGACCACUGUUGUAUACUACAGUCCUGAAGAAGUGAAAGUUGUCUCUGAUGGAUAUUACUUUGCAAAUGGCAUCAAUGUGUCACCAGACCAAAAAUAUGUGUAUGUAGCUGAUAUGGCUGAUCAUAAUGUGCAUGUUUUGGAGAGGAAGGAAGAUAAUGGAUUGGCGUUUGUGAAAAGUGUGGCUGUGGGAUCUCUUUGCGACAACCUUGAGGUGGACCCCAACACUGGAGACGUGUGGUCAGGUUGUCAUCCCAAUGCAUGGAAGCUCUUUUUCUAUGACGCCAAUAACACACCAGGAUCAGAGGUUAUCCAAAUCCAAAACAUUCUCUCUGAUGAACCAGUGGUAAAACAGGUGUACGCUGAUGAUGGUAAAGUCCUCCAGGGAUCAUCGGUUGCAACUCCUUAUGGGAACAAGCUUCUUAUUGGUACUGUGUUUCAUAAAGCAUUGAUCUGUGAUCUGAAGUAGUGCAAAUGACUGUGAACCUGUUCAUCAAGCUAAAUCAAAGUGACUCAGGUAAAAGAUUUCUAUUUCAAAAUUCAACCACUACAUAAGAUGAACAGCAAACAGAUGCAGGUUGUAAGAGAAGUUGAGUGAAUGUGCUUUUCAAAAUGCAUGUUAGGGACCUACAGUUUUGUGUCUUGGGGUUUGGUUGGUGUGACAUAUUAGGAUGUUCCUUUUUUGCAUAUAAUGAUCUACUAUGACAGACAAAUGGGCAUAUAUAUUAAAAACGGUUAUUAUUGUUAAGUGGGGGUUGGUGACGUGUGAUCUAUUACCAUUUAAAGAGAAUGUUUGGGAUGGAUGCUUUUGUAAUUUACACAUUUUAGAUGUUAAUUCUUAAAAAUAUGUUGUAUGAUGUAAUAAAAGGCUGUACUUAAUAUAAACAUGUUUCCGUUAUUCACAAAUCACCAUGUCAGCACUUGCUUAGUGUGUCCUUGAGCACACAACAAAUGUAACCGUAAGGGAAACAUACUGCGAUCUGUAAAUGCAAAAAACUGCUACCUAUAAUCCUGAAUU